AUGCUUCUAAACGAAUGCCUGGAACCGAUCCCGCCGAAGUACAUGCAAAGUCCCGAUGAGCCGUCGGACACCUGGACCGACGAGAUGUACAAAAACUGUCUAGCCGUCUACGCCACUUUGAUGCCCGCUGAUCAGAUGCUUCUGAUGCCACUUGCCGCCGUCUACUCAUCCGGAAACAACACUUUCAAGCGAGUUGUCCUCCGAAUUCUCGAACCGGUCUUCCGUCAGUUGAGCCAGAGUAUGGUAAUCACUCUCAUCGAGGACUGUCCACCUGGCGCCGAAACUCUUGUCGCCCGUCUCGUCGUGCUGCUCACCGAGAGAACUACACCGACGCCGGAACUCAUUCAGAAAAUGAAAACUCUGCACGACGAACGGAAAAUGGACAACCGCGCUCUGUUGCCAAUCAUAGGAGGACUCGAAAAGGAGCAAGUGAUGCGGCUGAUUCCGACGUUCAUCUUCCGUAAUGAAUACCAGAAAUCAGUGAACGUUCUCUUCCGAAAACUGUACACAGUUCGAAAUCAGCAAACGGGAGAACUUGUGUUCGAUGCUAUCGAAAUCAUCCAAGAAUAUCAUCGGAUACUGCCGAAGGACGACCAUGAGAAAACUUUCCUCAUCAACAGUAAGUAUACUCAAUUUACCGCUUUUGUCCCCUCGGUGUUUGCAGACCCAAGCCUAAUUUCAGGAAAUUUUGGCUUGAGUCUGCAAGCAUCGAGGGGCAAAAGCGAUGAAUUCAGUUUAAUCCUCUCUUUUCUCUCAUAAUUUAUCAUUUUUCAGAUCUCGAGUUUCUUCUGGAACCAGCUCUUUUAAAACCGGACACAGCAUCUCAGGCAAUCGAGGCGAUUUUCAAGUGGGACGAAGUUCCGCCCCUUUUCCUCUACUCUCUUUCCAUUCUGUAUCGGAAGGUAAUAAUUCAAUUUCGGCCAAUUCGAUCCCAAUUUUCCGUGUUUUCAGUUCAAAACGUUUGAGUCGUUCGUUGCCAAUUUGUUCUACAAAGUGACUGAAAAGAAGAUGUGGCGGUUGUCAGAACGUUGGAAGCAGGCAUUCUACGAUUGUAUCAAAGAGCUCAAGACGAAGGCGUAUCCGGCGGUGCUCUCGUUUGUGACUUUCGAAGAGUACGAAGAGCUGAAGGAAGUGCUCGGAAAGGAAGUUCUCUCCGAGUUCAAGGCUAUCUAUCUCACAAUGGCCACUUCUCAGCAGAACAGCAUGGAGUGAGUUUGAUCGAAACGAAGGCUUCAAUCGAGUUCUCCACUUUUCAGCGAAAGAAUCAAAGAAGAGUUGCACGAUAAGGAGAGAGAGGCCCGGGAGCGUGAUCGUAAAUCGCGGAAGGAAGAACGGAAGGAGAAGGAGAAGACGCGCGAACGGGAACGGGCGCGUGACGCCGAAAAGGAGCACAGAGUGAGUGAAGGGGACCUGCUCGGGCUGAUCCUUGCAACUUCUGGCAUUAGCAACGCCUUUGACUUCUAGCGAAUGCACAGAAUUACAAGAAUCCGCCGUCGUGUCGUGGCGGGGAGAAUAUCAGUAGUGAGUAGUAGUAGUGGCAGCGAAUACGGGCGGGUUCAAUGAGCCGACGACAGGCAGCUCGUCAUAGUCAUGAGCCCCAUAAAUCGUAGGCGCCCCAUUGACGACGUCGUCGAACGAACGAGCGUCCAACCGCCAAUUAGGCCCGGGGACGAAGGGUAAAACGAGUGCUCGACAGACGGAUUGAGGCCUUGUCAGGGAUACCAAUUGUCGGGGUGUCUUGCUUCCUUCACAAUUGGAAUGCCUGGCCAGGUCUCCAGCCGCCGCCGCCGUCGCCGGUGCAAGUGAUUGUGAAUGAAGAGCAGCGGGGCGGGCGGACUCCGCGUCCGGCGGGCACGACGACAACGCCCCGUUGAAUCAUAUUUGUAUGUAUGUAAAGUGUGGGAGCCACGAAGACAAAAGAAAGAAUGGAGGGACGCAGAACAAUCGUAUUUGCAUGUCUUUUGUGAUUAUAAAGCAAUGCGUCAUGGCUCUGGCUACGGUAGAUGAUUGGACGGACUGUACACAACAUAAGGAAGCAGCACAAUAUAAUGUUUAUUGUUUUCAGAGCCGGCGAUAG